AUGUCCUCCCUAAAUGACCCGUGGGAGCUUAUCGAUGUGAAAACACAGUAUAAAAUAGCACCGUGUUUUGAUAGCAGUCAUCGACGUCGACUGUGCAAAAUGUUCUUCUACAUAUUCAUUGCUCUGCUGGUUCUGAACGCAUUCGCCGACGAGGACUACGAAUACGAUGACUGUUACGACGAAUUAGAUGGCAAUGUCUGCAGAGUAUUAAAGGAGAGAAGUGCUUGCGAAAAGCCGGGUUUGAAGCAGGUCGCUGAGAUGUGCAGGAAAUCGUGUGGCCUUUGUGAAACGAAGGAUUCAUCCCGCAACUAA